GGUCCUGGCCCGCGGCGAGCGCGCGGCGUCUCCUUCACUUCGCCCUCCAGCGCGGCCUUCGAGAGGAGGCGGCUGCGGAGCGCGCGCGCCUGGCCCGGAGAGAGCGAGCGAGCGAGAGCGAGAGCGAGAGAGAGAAGAGCGGCUCCCCUCCUCGGCCCUUCCCUCGCCUAGACAGAUACUGUAAAUUGGACUAAAUAGCUAUGAAUUUUAAUCCAGCAUGUCAGCGCCCACCAAGACCGCCAAUGGCUAUUCCACCAGCCUAUGCGGACCUUGGCAAGUCUGCCCGAGACAUCUUCAACAAAGGAUUUGGUUUUGGCUUGGUGAAAUUGGAUGUGAAAACUAAAUCCACAAGCGGAGUGGAAUUCGCAACAUCUGGUUCAUCAAACACAGACACGGGGAAAGUGAAUGGAAGCUUGGAGACCAAAUACAAGUGGGCUGAGUAUGGUGUGACUUUCACAGAAAAAUGGAACACAGAUAAUACUCUGGGAACAGAAAUGGCAAUUGAAGAUCAGAUUGCCAAAGGUUUGAAGUUAACAUUUGAUACAACUUUCUCACCAAAUACUGGAAAGAAAAGUGGCAAAAUCAAAUCUGCUUAUAAGCGUGAAUGCAUAAACCUUGGGUGUGACGUUGACUUCGAUUUUGCUGGACCUGCCAUCCACGGUUCCGUCGUCCUGGGUUACGAGGGCUGGCUCGCUGGCUACCAGAUGACUUUUGAUAGUGCCAAAUCCAAGUUGACAAGGAACAACUUCUCUGUGGGUUACAAGACCGGAGAUUUCCAAUUGCACACCAAUGUCAACGAUGGCUCCGAAUUUGGCGGCUCCAUCUAUCAAAAGGUCAGCGAGAACCUUGAAACUGCCAUAAAUCUUAACUGGGUAUCUGGCACCAAUAGCACUCGUUUUGGAAUUGCAGCAAAAUACCAGCUGGAUCCCACCGCAUCCAUUUCUACAAAAGUGAACAACUCUAGUCUAAUUGGAAUCGGCUACACCCAGUCCCUGAGGCCAGGUGUGAAGCUCACGCUGUCUGCUCUAGUCGAUGGGAAGAACAUCAAUGCUGGUGGACAUAAACUUGGCCUUGGCCUGGAAUUGGAGGCUUAAAGGCGAGAAGACAACUGCUGCAGAACAUGGGAUAUCGGAAGAAUAUGGCCUUAAAAUUGUAAUUCCAGUAUGACUCGGAGGGUUUUUUUCCCUCCUCAGUGGGAUGCCCUAGAACAAGAGCUGUAUUAAGGAUAUUUAGGCAGUUCCUUGUUAGCUGGUUUUAGUUAAAUUGGUUCUCUAUCUAGUUCUCAAUUCUGCAUUAGUGCAGUAACUACGUAAUACAUUAUUUAAAUGUAUUUAACUGUUGGAUGCGGUACCCACAAAUAAUGAAAUAGACUUUAUGAAACCUGUACACAUGUGUGCAUGUUAUGUUUCUUUUAACACAUGGUAGCCCAUUGAAAUAACAAAACGGAUCAAUGGAUUGUUCUGAAAAGCGAGGCCAGCAAUUUUGUUAAAUCAGCUUAAUUAGAAUGACUUUUGGUAUCCCAAGGCAAUUCAGAAUUAUGAAUAAACAAAUAUACACAUG